UCCGGGUGAGAGCUUUUUUGAAUGAGCAGCGGCUAGCGUUUUCUCGCAGCAUUCUUUGAGAUCGAGAAAGCUUGGCUUUGUACAAAUUGUAGACAACACCCGAUAUCUCGAGAGUGCCAAUACCUUUCGUGAAGGCUCGCUGUGCGGACACGAUGGCUCAGGAUUCACGCUACAGAUUUCUGGCCGACAGUCAGCGAGCACAGAAAAACAGGCAGCUUCAAGGAAGCGGCAAGCGACUGGGUGGCAAGAAGACAGCUGCUGCAGCGGAAUCCUUUCCAGAGGGCCGCCGCAUUGAAGGAGAGGCCUUCGGAAGGCUGGCACCGCAGCAUCCCGGUGAAUCGAUAGAUUUAGGACUCAAGACAUUCACCACCGCAAAUCCGGGAUCACUGUACUCCACUGGCUCAAUGUCUCAGUUCCAUAGACCAACAGCCAGUGCUGGAACGGCAGCCAGUUCCGUGGACAUUCAACGAUUGCAAGAGAGAAUACAGGCCUUGCUCUCUGAAAAGGAGGCAAUCGAACGUGCACAAGCUCAACAGCAGGAACGUCUGGAGAAGCAACGGGCGUCCUGGCUCGAAGAACGUGCUGCGCUAGUCGGAGGCGCUGGAAGCUCGGCGGCAGACAAGAUUGUUAGAUUGUCACGCAAGAACCGAGAGCUGUCUGCUGAAAUUGCGGCCGAAAAAAGUCAGGCAUUGCGUCUCAAGCAGGACAUCAAAGAUCUCAAGGCUGACCUAGCAGAAAGGCAUCACAUCGCAGAGAAACCGCCCCCAGGCGUACUGGAGGUGGAGAACCACCGACUCCAAGAUCAACUGUCCAAUGUGACGGGCAAGAUGACAGAGUAUCGCAAUCAGUGCCAGAAGCACAAGCAGGAGCUGAGAGUGAUGAACAAGCUACUCAUCAGAGAGCUGGGUGAUGGAGCAGAUAUACAAAGUAUGGUGCAGGAAAAGGACAGCAGCAGCGGCCCUGGCUGGAGAGGACGGCAGCAGCAGAUCACAGUGCUCCAAGCCAAGGUCAGUGAACUGCAACAUACUUUGAAGCAGUGCAAAGCGAAGCUGGAGAAUGCCAGUAGAAGCAGCAGCAAGAUGCAGGAAUCCACUGUCACUGAGACCAACGAUCUGCCUGAGUUUGCUGCCUUUGCCGACCAGCGGCAGGUGAAAGCUCUCGACAAGAUGGAUAAGAUGAAGCGGCACGUGGCCAAGGAAGCGCUAGCAGACUUGACUGCGCUGCAAACAUCGCACAAAGAACUGCAACAGCGUUAUGACGCAAGCCGUGCCAGAUGCCAGACACUCGCUAAUCAACUGCAGACACUGAAGGGCCAAGUCGAGAGGCUGCAAGGCAAGAGUGAAAGAGAUGAUCACAUACUCCAGUCAUUGACAAUGAAAUCACCACGCGUGCAGUCCCCGCCACAGCACACUGUUCCCGUGACAAUCUGUGCCAAGGCGGGCGAAGAAGAAAAGCUGAAAAGCCUCUGUGCCAAGCAAGCCCAGGACAUCCAUCAACUACAGUGCAAAGUGGUGGAGCUGCAAUUGAAACUACGUGAACAGUUGGACGCUGCAGUACCAGAGGAUGCGCCGGCAUCAGUACGUCGGCAUGACGGCAAGCAAGCAAACGUCCCCGCUCAGUCAACACGAGGGAAGGCGGUGUCCGGUGCAAGCAGCCUGUCCACCGUAUCUCUACCCAGCAUCCACGGUGGUGGUAUGACUGUGCGUAAAGAUGCAAACGGGUCAGCUAAUCACCGACAAGUGCAGUCUGCCUCACGCAAACCAGCUCCGAAGUUUGCCAAGCUUGACCUAACCACCACUAACACUGAAUCAGCAAAAUCUCCAUCAUCAUCGGCAAUGCCCAUACCAUCGGCAGCUGUGGCAGCACUCCAGGCCGAACGUGAUCACCUCCGCCAGUUGACAUCAAGGCUUAUAGAGCAGAAUAACUCUCUAACACAAGCACCUUCCAGUAGUGUGGCAGUGGAUGACAGUGAACAGCUGCCACAGUCCAGUCAGCAAUACAGCCAAGUUCUGAAUCAACUACAGAAGGAAAACAAACAGCUGCGGACAGCUCUUUCCAGCAGUCAUCAAGCCAAAGUCACAGCUCUGGAUCAGUUCAAGCUCGCAAUUGAGCAAGUCCAGAAAACUCGACAUGCAGCGCAAAAAUCGUGAUGCCCCAGCGCCAGCACUCUCUUAGCAGUGCAAUUGCUUUCAGCUCUGCAUUUCCAGCAUAUCUUUGUUACACAGGCACUUUCUUAGCAGUGCAAUUGCUUUCAGCUCUGCAUUUCCAGCAUAUCUUUGUUACACAGGCACUUUCUUAGCAGUGCAAUUGCUUUCAGCUCUGCAUUUCCAGCAUAUCUUUGUUACACAGGCACUUUCUGAUGAUCUCACUUGGUGUGCUGACAAUGUUGUUGUUUUCUUUAAAAAGAUGUUCAGUGCGGUGCUGCUGGGUGUAUUCCGUGAUGAUUGCUUCUUACUGGCCCCGGCCGCAUUCCGACAUUGCAGCAUUCUUGACUCUCUUGUACUUGUAAACUAAGCCAAUAACUGUGAGUAUUUUAGUGUUUUAAUGGUCUCCUUGAGUGUUUGAAAUUGUUGACUAAAUUGCAUACACAGCUACUUACGCCUUUUGGUCACGUUAUUUUAUCAACCCGAUGGCACUGA